GAUGCGCCCCAAUGGUUUGGACGUGUCAUUCGGAUUCUUAGCACCCGCGACCGUCAACUUAGGUUUAAUCUUAAGUAGACCGGAUACCGUGACGGAGUACGUUCUUCGGAUCCUCAUGGACAAUAAAGAUGCGGAGAAGUUGUUUUUUAUACCGUUUAAUACCGGUGGACAUUGGUUGUUGCUCGCAAUCAAUCCUAUCCGAGAAAUUGUGUAUUAUCUUGACUCGUUAGGAAAUGAUUGGACAACAUACCCGGAUAUGAAGGUCCUAAUUGACACCGUCCUACAAGCUUUUCGGGCCCAACGAGAUAUCCAAACCUCAAGGAGGGGCGCCAACUCCAUUACAUGGAUUAAAGUGGCGUGUCCUCAACAACGUAAUCAAAUAGAUUGCGGGUAUUUCAUGUUGAGGUUUAUGCGAGAUACUCUUGCUUUGGGCCGAUUAAAGAUUCCCACCGAUUACUUUGAUGAAUUCAAGUGUGCAUUUUAUACAAAGGAUCAAGUGGACGAAAUCAAAGAGGAGUGGUGUCAAUUCAUGAUAAAGCUCAAUGUUUGUUUAUAAAUUUGUGUAAUUAAUGUGUAC